AUGGCUGAAGAAGAUAUGAAUGCUGAUGUCCAUAAUAUGCAAUCAGAAGAAAGUCACUGGGGCCAACAUUAUACUCACAGAAUUCAUAGUGACAAUUUUUAUAGCUUGCUUAAAGAUGCUGAGGUGGAAUUAUAUCCGGGUUGCAAGAAUUUCACAAAAUUCUCUUUUGCGAUCUAUUUGUUCCACAUUAAAUGUUUUAAUGGGUGGACCAACAAGUCCUUCAAUGCAUUACUAGAGUUGCUGAAACUUGUUCUACCAGAAGGUAAUACAUUGCCAAGGUCAUAUCAAGAAAUGAAAAAGAUGAUUUCUGCAUUAAGUUUGGGUUAUGAAAAAAUUCAUGCUUGUCCCAAUGAUUGCAUACUAUUUUGGAAGGAGAAUGCAAAUGAAGACAAAUGCACAAAAUGUGGAGCUUCAAGAUGGAAAGAGAGCUUGAAUGAUGGAAAAAAUGAUUCUGAAGAUGCUUUUACAAAAAAGAAAAAAAAAGCUACCAAAAUAUUACGAUGGUUUCCUCUUAUUCCAAGAUUGCAAAGGUUAUUUAUGUCUUCAAAAACUGCUUCUCUAAUGACUUGGCAUGAACAUGAACGUACCAAAGAUGGAUGCCAAAGACAUCCUGCAGAUUCUCAAGCUUGGAAAGAAUUAGAUUCUCGAUAUCCUCAAUUCUCCUCUGAUCCUCGUAAUGUUCGGUUGGGAUUAGCUUCUGAUGGUUUCAAUCCAUUCAAAACUAUGACUAUUGUUCAUAGUGCUUGGCCUGUUAUCUUGAUACCUUAUAAUUUACCUUUAUGGAUGUGUAUGAAGCAGUCAAACUUUAUUCUUUCCUUGCUUAUUCCUGGUCCAAAAGGACCUGGAAACAAUAUAGAUGUAUACUUGCAACCGUUGAUUGAAGAAUUGCAAGUGCUUUGGGAAGUUGGUAUAGAGACUUUUGAUGCGGCCACAAAUCAAAUUUUUCAGUUACAUGCAGCAGUUAUUUGGACAAUCAAUGACUUUCCUGCAUAUGCCAAUUUGUCUAGAUGGAGUACGAAGGGAGAGUAUGCAUGUCCCUGUUGUGGAUAUGAUGCCAAUUCUAAGUGGUUAAAACAUAGUAGAAAGCAUUGUUACAUGGGCCAUCGUAGAUGGUUGAAACCUAACCAUAGGUUUCGUAAUGAUAAACUUUCUUUUGAUGGGACACAAGAAUUUAGAAAUGCUCCAUUACCAUCAUCUGGUAUUGAAGUGUUGAGACAAGUGGAAGAUAUGAAUGGUAGCAAAGAUGGACCUUGGAAAAAGAAGAGCAUUUUUUUCACAUUGCCUUAUUGGAAACAUCUUCUAUUGCGUCAUAAUCUUGAUGUCAUGCACAUAGAAAAAAAAUGUAUGUGA